AUGGACCCAGAGAUCUACGCCCAGCGCGUGCUCUCUGCGGAGCCAUGUGUCUCCAACGGUUCUUACUUUAGGAUUGACGUGCCUGUUGCUGCUGCUGCUACUGCAGCAGCAGCAGCUGCUGCUGCUGCUGCUGCGGACAAGGCAGCCUCUGCUGCUGCUGCUGCUGCAUCAGAGGCAGUCGUUGCUGCUGGCGGCAGUCCCGAAGCUGCAGCCGCAGCAGCAAAAGCAGCAGCAGCAGCAGCAGCAGAAGCAGCAGCAGAUGCAGCAAAACAACAGCAGCUGCAGCAACAAACAGUGGGGGUCGAAUUUAUACACAGAGACCCAGCAAGCAGCAGCAGCAGCAGCACAAGCAGCAGCAGCAGCAGCAGCAGCAGUAGCUAUCCUGUGUUUAUAGGCACAGAUAUUUGCGGCACAAUCGGCGAAGAAGUCAAGAGGCAGCUCCCGGGUGCGUCUUCGUACUGGUUUUUCGUUGACUCGGAAGUUCUGAAGUUCCCUCAGCAUCGCAAACGUAUUAAGCAGCUGGCAAGGCAAUUGUGCAGCAGCAGCAGCAGCAGCAGCUGCAGCAGCAGCAGCUGCAGCAGCAGCAGCAACAGUUGUGAGGUAUGCGCGAGCUGCGGCAGCAGCAGCAGCAGGUGCGAAGGCCACUGCAGCGACUGCUGCCUUUGCUGCUUCGAUUAUCCGGUGCUGCCAGCAGCAAGUGACGGCCAGCAGCAGCAGCAGCAGCAGCAGCAGCAGAGAACGCCUUGCGCCUUCUUUUCUCUGUCUGGAGGGGAAGCUGCGAAGACACCGCAGUCGGCAGUUUACAUCUGUGAGCUGCUGCUGCAGCUUUCCCAGCAGCAGCAGCAGCAGCAGCAACAACAGCAGCAGCAGCAGCAGGGAGGCUGCAACGGCAUGUUUCACAGCAGCAGCAGCAGCAGUGAGGGCGACGAAAGCAGCGGCAGCAGCAGCGCUGGCAGCAGCAGCAGCUGCUGCCGCGUGUCGCGCGUGUUUGAAGGAGGGCCAGCAGCAGCAGCAGCAGCGCAACAGCAGCAGCAGCUGCUGCUGCUGGACCGAUCUGCUGUUCUUGUUGCUGCAGGAGGAGGAGCAGCAACAGAUCUUGUUGGCUUUUGCUGCUCGCUGCUGCUGCGGGGCCUGCGGCUGCUGCUGCUGCCCACGACGCUGCUUGCUGCUGCUGAUGCUGCAGUUGGUGGAGGAGGAGCAGCAACAGAUCUUGUUGGCUUUUGCUGCUCGCUGCUGCUGCGGGGCCUGCGGCUGCUGCUGCUGCCCACGACGCUGCUUGCUGCUGCUGAUGCUGCAGUUGGUGGCAAAACUGGAGUGAAUGCGGGCGGCCUUAAAAACAUGAUUGGGACUUUUUUUGCUGCUGCUGCAUGCAUUAUAGAUUUAGGGUUUUUGAAAACCCUAAACCCUAGAGACGCCAGAGGAGGCUUUGCAGAAAUCGUCAAAAUAGCUGCUGCUCUAAGCCCGUCUCUGCUGAAGCGCCUCCUUACCACAGACCCCAUGGCCUUAGGCCUGCAGCAGCAGCUGCAGCUGCAGCAGCAGCAGCAGCAGCAGCUGCUGCUGCUGCAGCUGCAGCAGCACCAGGUGAAGCAGCAGCAGCAGCAACAGCGGGAGGAGCUGGAGCAGGGGCAGCCGCAAGAGCUGCAGCUGUGCCAGCGAUCGCAGCAGCAGCAGCAGCAGCAGCAGCAGCAGGAGAUGAAUCUGGCCUCUUUGCUGCAGAUUGUUGCUGCUGCAGUUGCUUUAAAAGCUGCUGUUUGUGCUGCUGAUUUCAAAGAAGCAAAAACCCGCGCUGUUCUUAACCUGGGCCACACCAUAGGUCACGCCAUUGAGACUGCGCCUGGGGUCAACUGGAACCACGGCGAGUGCGUUGCUGCUGGCUGUUUGCUGGAGGCUGCAGUGUCUAUACACCUCGGUGUGGGGUCUUCUCUUUCUUUUUUUUUAAUUCAAUUUUGCUGCCGCCGUUUUGGCUUGCCACUAGGGCUGCCGCCGCAGCUCCAGCAGCAGCAGCAGCAGCAGCAGCAGCUGCAGCAGCAGCAGCUGCAGCAGCAGCAGCUGCAGCAGCAGCAGCUGCAGCAGCAGCAGCUGCAGCAGCAGCAGCAGGGGCUGCAGCACCGACAGGACGAGCUGCAGCAGAUUGAGCACCCGCAGCAGCAGCCAAUGCAGCAGCAGCUGCUGCAGCAGCAACCGCAGCAGCAACAGGAGCAGCAGCAGCAGCUGCUGCUGCUGCUGCAGCGCAUGCAGCAAGACAAAAAAAACAAAAAUGGCAAAAUCCAAAUGGUAAUGCUGCAGGCCCCGGGGCGCUGCAUUGCUUCAGUUGUGAGGCCUGUGUCUUUGCUGCUGCUGCAGCAGCUUUUUUCUCCUGCCAUUAAACUUGUGGGGCCCUGCUGCUGCGGCUGCAGCGGCAGUGCUGCAGCAGCAACAGCAGCAGCAGGAAGCAAAAGGGCCUGCGGCGUUCGGCCGCUCUGCGGUGCUGCCACAGUGCCAGGCUCCAAAUCUGUUGCCAACAGGGCUUUGCUGCUUGCUGCUCUGUCCGUCGCCUUGAACAGCAGCAGAAACAGCAGCAGCAGCAGCAGCAGCAGCAGCAGGCGAGUGGUGCUGAGCCAGCUGCCGUGCUGCAGCGACACCGUGGCUAUGGCUGUGGCGCUGCAGCAGCUCGACUUUGUGUCUUUGGAAAUAAAAGAAGGCAGGAGCCGCCAAACUUUUACCUGCGAGAUAAAAGAAAGAAAAAGGAAACCAGAUGAACCUCUUGCUGCUUCCAUGCAACCGCCGCAGCAGCAGCAGCAGAAUCAGAACCAACAACUGAAACAGCAGUGGCAGCAGCGCAAAUACCCACAGCAGCAGCAGCAACAGCACACAAGCCGGAAGCAGCAGCAGCAGCGGCAGCACAAGCACCCGCAGCAGCAGCAGCAGCAGCAGCAGCAGCAGCAGAGCCUGUCUGCAGGCACUUUGAAGUGGAAGGUGAUGCUUCAACAGCUUCUUACUUCUUCGGUUUUGCUGCUGCCACUGGCGGCAAGAUUUCCGUCAAUGUGUCUCUGUGAGACGGCCGAGCUGCUGCUGCUGCUGCUGCUACUUUUGCUGCCGCUGCUGAUGUUGAUGACGCUGCUGUUGAUUGUGCUGCUCACAGUGCUGCUGCUGCUGAUGUUGGUGCUGUUGCUGCUGCUGCAGCAGCUGAUGGUUCUGCCCUUGCUGCUGAUGGUAGACUCCUCACUUCAGGGAGAUCGCUUUUUCCCCUUGCUGCUGUCGGCCCUGAAGCUAGGGCGAGUAGACCAGCAGCAGCAGCAGCAGCAACAGCAGCAGCAGCAGCAGCAGCAGCAGGUGACAUUUUGUGGGGCCUCAGGGGGCCCCCAAACCCUAGAAGGAAACGUGCUGAUUGAUAUGAGGGGCAUGAGCGACUGCGUGCCAACUCUUGCUGCUGUUGCUGCUGCUGUGUCCACCCUCAGCUGCUGCUGCAGUGCUGCUGCUGCUGCUGCUGCUGCUGGUCCCCCCGUGCUGCAGUGCAGCGACGCUGAGAAGCAGCGGCUGCAGCUGCUUCUGGAGCAGGAGCUCGCGUCGGUCAAGCAGCAAGCAGCCAGCAACAGCAGCAGCAGCAGCAGCAGCCAGAGUCUUGAGGAGGAGGAUGCUGCCUUCAGCUGCUGCUGGACUGCAGCAGCAGCAGCAGACUGGCGCUACCUCUGCAUGCACGGACUCUCAGGAGUGAAGUAUAAAGAGUGCAGCAGAUUAGAAGCUGUUGCUGCUGAGCUGCAGCAGGCCAACUACCCCGCCUGGGCAGCAGACGACUACUUAGCCAUAGCUAUGCCCCCGCCCCAGCUGCUGCAGCAGCAGCAGCAGCAGCAGAGGCAGCAGCAGCAGCGAGGUGAAACGGCAAGUGGUAGCAGCAGCACAACCAGCAGCAGCAACGCCAGCAAUGGCAUUAGCUGUAUGAGCACCUGCAGCGCCGUCAGCAGCAGCAGCAGCAGCAGCGAUAUGACCAGCAGCAGCAGCAGCAGCAGAAGAAAGCUUUGCUUAAAGAGCUAUGGGGACCACCGCUUGGCGAUGUCCUGGGCUGUUCUUGCUGUCAGGAGACCCGACAUAUAUGUUUUAGAGAGAGGCACAAACAGCCCUGGGCCUUCAAGCAGUUCACAUCUAAGCAGCAGCAGCAGCAGCAGCAGGGGAGCAGCAGAAGCACCUACUGAGGCAGCAGCAGGACAGCAGCAGAAGCAGCUGCUGCUGCAGCAGAAGCUGGGCUGCAGCAGCAGCAGCAGGAGAGCAGCAGAAGCAGCUGCAGCAGGACAGCAGCAGAAGCAGCUGCUGCUGCUGCAGCAGCAGUAG